UACAUUAUAAACAGACGUAUUAUUUAAGCAGACGAUCUGUCUAGUGCACCUUGGAGAGUAAAAACAAAAAUGGUAGACGUUAUACCAGUGUUCCCCAAAGCUGGAAGCAUUUUUGUGUAUACUGGCAACAUUGUAAACUGGAACAGACUGAAAAGAAAACCAACCCAAAGCUCAACAGAAGAGCUAAAGGAAUGUAUUACCGAAACAUUGAGUAAAUAUUUGUCUGUAUCAGACGCAAAGGAGCUGCAGUACACAACAGACUUAGUGUGUGUGAACUCUGGCUUCAAGGAAAGCCUUCCUGCCGAUGAAAGAGGAGACUUGAAAGUGACAGCCAAAUUACUUUUCUGUGUUGACCAGCCAGUUGAAGUAAUUACAGAAGCUGUGGAAAAAGUUUUAACAGACUUGGAUAUUUCCUUUAUUGAAACAUUACUUUUGGCUUUUCCUGAAAUGCAAGAAAAGAUAGAUGUCGAUCAGAUCAGACCAUACUGGGAAGUGCUCGAAGAUUUGGUGGCUCAGGAAAGAGUUCUCUCCAUUGGAACAUGUGACCUGGACAAGGGUAGCUUAGAAGAGUUAUAUGAGUGGGCUAAGGUGAAGCCGUGCACGAACCAGGUGAAUUUGGCAUCAUGCUGUGUCAUGCCACAGGACCUCACAGAGUUUGCCAAGGCCAACGAUAUUCAGCUGCUUACCCAUAGUGACCCUCCUGAAUUCAUGCCUGCAGACGUUCUCCAGGAAGCAAUAAAAUCAUGUACAACAGAAAAAGACAGUUUUGGCUGGAUUCCACAGUGGGCAUUGAGAUACUCCGUCAUUGUCAAGUGUCGGGGAAUCAUCAGAAACAAGGGAUACAUUUUUAAAGCAGAAAGAAACAUCAAAAAGAGAUAUUGAAACCAGACUUUUUUUUCCCUUUCUUUUUCUUUUUGUAAAAAAACUAUUUAUUGUUCAUUUUGUUCUGUAAAGUAGCAUUGCAGACUUGUUAGGUUAUUACUUUAUAACUGUAUAUUUCAGGCCUGGGGGAAAGUAAAAAGUCAAAUCAAGAUUACCUAUAAUGGUGUGAUCUGAAUCUUUCUCCAAUGUGAUUAUUAUUUAAAAAAAAAAAAAAAAAACCCUACUUUUACAGUUAUCAAUCAAUAUUUUGGUGUUUUAUUUCUCAGAAUUGUUAAAAAAAUUACUGUAAGACAAGCAGUGAUAAUUGCCCAACAUAUUUCAUUUUGGGUGGGGUUUUUCUGAUAUUUAACUAUGUAUCCGGUUUAUUUAAAUAGAAAUAGUGUUUGGUUUAAUUAAAAUGGUUGGAAUUAAAUAUAAAUUGAUUGUGUUAAUACACAAAAAAGACUUGCAUAUUAAAUUUUUUAGAUAUG